AUUUCUUCUCUUUCAAUUCGUUUUAUUUUAUUCUUUAUUCCAACUUUUGUUUAUAUCAAUCAAAUUUCACUUUCGCUUACAAUGAAGUUCUCUACCGCCAUCGUCGCCGCCGCCGCCGCCGCCCCAGCUCUUGCUGCUUACACCAACGGUACCAUCACUGCCACUGACAUUCAAACCACUGUUGUCACCAUCACUUCUUGUUCCGACAACAAGUGUACUGAAAAGCCAGUCACCACCGGUUUGACCACUGUCACCGAAAACGAAACCGUUUACACCACCUACUGUCCAUUGUCCACUGACUCCACCGUCACUGAAUCUGAUGUCAAGACCACCGUUGUCACCAUCACUUCUUGUUCCGAUGACAAGUGUACUGAAAAGCCAGUCACCACCGGUUUGACCACCGUCACCGAAAACGAAACCGUUUACACCACCUACUGUCCACUCCCAUCCACUGAAGCUCCAGCCUCUUCUGAAGCCCCAGCUUCUUCUGCUGCUCCAGUUACCUCUUCUGUCCCAACCACUGCUGCUCCAGUUACUUCUGAAGCCCCAGCUUCUUCUGCUGCUCCAUCUACCGUUGCUCCAGUUAUCACCUCCGCUUCUGAAAACGCUGCCGGUAAGGCUGCUCCAGCUUUCGUUGCUGCUGGUUUGGCUGGUUUGGCUUUGUUGUACUAGAUGUACUUCAUGUCACAUUUUUAGGUAGUGUUGGGUAUUCAUUUUAACACUUUCGAAAUAUAAAAAAAAAUAUAAUUGGUUAUUUUAGGUAA